GAGUGUAGGCUAGGGGGGUUGGCGGUGCCGUGUCAUGGAGGCUCAGUCUCGCAGCAGCCAUUGAAGGGGAAGGAACUGCGGGCGCGCGCGUGUCUCUCUCUGUGUGUGAAAGUGUGUGCGUGCCCGAGUGUGCGCGCGCGGGUGUGUGGACUAGGAGGUGGGGGCAGCCGAGUUAGUCCCAAGUCGUCGGACUCCAUUUGCUAUUCUUUUCUUUCUCUCCCACACCCGGGUGGUAGUGGGCGUUCGUCUUUGCGUCUCUUUUCAUUCAUCUCUAGACCUUUAGAGGUUUUUUAGGGUUGGGGAUAGUGGGGAGGGCAGGCAAGGGGAAAGGAGGAGGACAUGGAGAUGAAGAAGAAGAUUAACAUGGAGUUGAAGAACAGAGCCCCGGAGGAGGUGACAGAGUUAGUGCUUGAUAAUUGCUUGUGUGUCAAUGGGGAAAUCGAAGGCCUGAAUGACACCUUUAAAGAACUGGAGUUUCUUAGCAUGGCCAACGUGGAAUUAAGUUCCUUGGCCCGGCUGCCCAGUUUAAAUAAACUUCGGAAGUUGGAACUUAGUGACAAUAUAAUUUCUGGAGGCUUGGAAGUCCUGGCAGAGAAAUGUCCAAAUCUUACCUACCUCAAUCUGAGUGGAAACAAAAUUAAAGAUCUCAGCACAGUAGAAGCGCUGCAAAAUCUUAAAAAUUUGAAAAGUCUUGACUUGUUUAACUGUGAGAUCACAAACCUGGAAGAUUACAGAGAAAGUAUUUUUGAACUGCUGCAACAGAUUACAUACCUGGAUGGAUUUGACCAGGAGGACAACGAGGCACCGGACUCUGAGGAGGGGGAGGACGAGGACGAGGAUGGAGAUGAAGAUGAGGAAGAUGAGGAAGAAGAUGAAGCUGGUCCACCUGAAGGAUAUGAGGAGGAGGAAGAUGAGGAUGAGGAUGAAGCCGGCUCAGAAGUGGGAGAGGGAGAAGAGGAGGUGGGCCUCUCAUACUUAAUGAAAGAAGAAAUUCAGGAUGAAGAAGACGAUGAUGAUUACAUUGACGAAGGGGAGGAAGAGGAAGAAGAGGAAGAAGAGGGUCUUCGGGGAGAGAAGAGAAAACGAGAUGCUGAGGAUGACGGGGAGGACGACGAUGACUAGACCCUCCUCCAGGAAGAAAGAGGCUGCCGACACUCCUGGGCUCGCAGGAGAACGGUCACAUUGUCUGUGUUUCUUUAUGUAUGAUAGCUGUCCCAGUAGGAGAUGAUGUGUAACUUUUUAUAGGAAAAGUGUGGUUUUACUAUUUUGGCCUUACCAUUCCGGUUAAGAUUUGCUAGUCUGUUAAUCAUAAUGUACUUAGAAACGAAUUCUCAUUCAUCUUCCCUUAGUGAAAUUCUCUAGCAUUGUAUUUAGGUUCUGGAUUUUUAUAAUUCAUGCUUAAUGUAUUAGACAUUUUUAGCCCAUAAUUAAAACAUGGUUGCUUUUACACAGGUGUAGUUUGGUGCAUUUCAUUCAUAAUGUUUUAAAGUUAUUUAUAAAUUAACAAAUUACACUCAGCUGUAAUAUGAAAUGGCAGUAGUCUUUUGAAUGAUAAAGCUGGUUUUUUGUUUUUAGAGGCGAUCCAGAUAUCAUUAGCUUGAAGGCAGUUUUUUGAGGUGGGGUGAGGGUAUCUUAGGGCUUUCCUGUCACAGUUUGGAAAGUAGAAGCAGAGUAAGAGGGGUCUCUUCAGUGGGCAGGUCAUGGACUCAGUUCUGCUCAGUGAUACAGUUCAAGGCUCUUAAGGAGCCUGCCAUUUCUAAGUCCAGACUUGCCGUGGAGCCCUCUCUGUGGGUGACCCUGAGCGGGCUGUCGGGUUCAGAUGAGUGUUCCCUCCCAGCUGCUCCACUUUUGUCACCUUCAUUGCUUUUUUCCUGUCCGCAUCCAAAAGAAAGCUGGCAAAGCUGUAGAUACCCCAGAGACUUCCCUAUACCUCAGCCAUCUGUCUCGGUUUCAAACAAGUGGAGUGAAGGAGACGGAAUAUUUGUUAAGCUACAGUGAUGAGGACUUGAUGUUUGGAGACAGGCUUUGUUGACAACAUGAGGCUGUGUUAGGAUACAGGAGCAGCAUCCCUUUCUCUGAGGUCAGACUGAUUGCCAACUGAUAACCAAUAGCAUGUUCAGGUCUGAUCUCUAAAGUUUUCCUAGGUGAUUCGGAUACCAAUGCUGUGAAGUAUUUAUUAUGUUUCUGAGUGCAACCUUUAAUUCUUCCUGUAGUUUGAAAGCAUGAUCAGAUGUAGCAUUUGAUUGGAAUAUAGUAGCAAUAGGAGACUGUUUGAAAAUCAAUCUUGAAGUUGAUAUUUAUUUCAAGUGGAUGUCUGAAAAAUAAAAAAACCAUUUGGGGUACGGGUAUGUGCUUUCUCCUGGCUACUAGACAAACAUGAGCAGACAGGCCUCUCCCUUAGUCCCAGAAGCUCUAAGUUCAAGGCACUUGCUUUUUAAAUCUUGAUUAUUAAUUUUUGUUUUCCUUUUGUUUUAUAUAUCUAAGGUGGGUUUUUGUUUUUGUUUUGUUUUGUCUUUUUCUUUUUUUUUUUUAAAUUUAGUAUCAGCAAAAUUACUUUGCCUCUCUUCUGGGACACAUUGAGAUUGUUCAUAAUAGUGGGGCUGCUGCUUUUCCAACUUAAGAUGUCUGACCUGGUGUUUUAAAAUAACAAGUAUAAACUUAUUUGUAGAGAAGCUGACAAAGAUGCAUGCCUGACUGAAAUAAAUGUGUAAUGAGUUCGGUGCCAGUGCAGGGAUCUGCAAAGGACUGACUUUGUUUCCUUAUUUCAACAAUUGGCUCUCCUGCUUUCAGUCCCUAAGAAUCCUCUUUGCAAACUAUGCCAGGUUCAAAAUAAAUGCUUAUUUUUAAAAAUGAAAUCUAUAUAUUGACUUUUUAUCAAUCAUCUAUUGUGCAAUCAAAAUUAGAGUUCUUGAGUUUAAAAACAACACCUAGGGCCUCCAGAUAACUAUGAAGACUUAUUUAGCUUGUGGGCCGUGUUUUCAUGCAGACAAACAAGGGUGGGUUUUCUAUUCUGUAGACGUUCAGGGUUCUGUUCUAACCCUUUCUGUACUGUGCGUGUGUAUACAAUAUGUUAAGUCCUUAGAGACUUUGAAGUUAAUACUUUUGUGCAACUGUAUUUUGAAUAAAGCCACCACAGUGUUAAACACAAGGACAGGCAGUACUGAUCAUGUGUUUCUGACUAUUUUGGUUUGUUUUUUCCUGACUGCUGUAACUUAAGUUUUUGAAACUGCAUUGCUUUGAAUAAAUUGAAGCAUUAUUAAUAAUGA